AUGCCUGCCCUCGCCUUCGUCCGCCUCGCGCUCUCGCUCGCCUGUGCGCUCGGCGCCCGCGCUCAGCUGUCCGGCUCCGUGGGCCCCAAGACGUCUCUGAGCGAGAAGUCGAACCUGUGCAACGUUCUCGACUAUGGUGGCUCCAUCGGGUCCAGCGACAUCGGGCCGGCCAUACAGAGUGCCUUUGAUGACUGCGUGCUGACCAACUCGAGUGCUUCGACUCUCUAUGUUCCUUCCGGCGACUAUGACAUACAGACAUGGGUCAUGCUCAGCGGAGGGACCAAGUGGGCCUUCCGGCUCGACGGUCUCAUCACACGCGCAUCCACGACGACUGGGAACAUGAUCGCCAUUGAGAACGCUGAGGACUUCGAGUUUUACUCUGCCAACUCCGCAGGAGGUAUUCAGCGCUUGGGAUACGAGUGCCGGAAUGACGGGCUGCGUCUCAUUCGCAUGGUGACCUCGACGUACUGGUCGCUGCACGACCUCAUCCUUGUCGACUCACCCGAGUUCCAUCUCGUGAUACAGGAGGGAAGCAGUGGAGAAGUGUACAACCUCGCCAUCCGCGGCGCAGAUAUUGGCGGGUCUGACGGCGUUGAUGUCUGGGGCGACAACUACUGGAUUCAUGACGUGGAAGUGACAAACCGCGAUGAGUGCGUCACCGUCAAGAGCCCCGCGUCGAACAUUCUCGUAGAGCAAAUUUGGUGUAAUCAGAGCGGCGGAAGCGCCAUGGGCAGCCUCUCGGCAGUGAAUACCUCCAUCACGAACAUUAUCUAUCGCUACGUCUACACUGUCGGCGGGAAUCAGGCGUACAUGAUUAAGGGCAAUGGCGGCUCCGGCACGGUAUCGAACGUCGUGUUCGAGAACUUCAUCUCGCGGGACACCGCGUAUGGGCUGAAUAUCAACGAAUACUGGGCAAGCAUCAGCCCACUGGACGGCCUGGGAGUGACGCUGGAGAACAUCACGUUCCAAAGCUGGGACGGCAACGUCGCCGACGGAGUCGAACGCUCCCCUAUCCAGAUCAUAUGCGCAGACGAGGCGCCGUGCUACGACAUCACGCUGACGGACGUGUACAUGUGGUCGCUCACCGACGAGGCGACGAUGAAAUGCGAGAGUGCGUUCGGAAGCGGCGCCUGCCUCAAGUCGGGAAGUAGCCACACGAGCUACGCGGUGGAGACGACGAGUUAUACGCAGCCGAGCGGGUACUCGACGCCAACGACGAUGGCGGGCGACUUGACGGCAGGCUUUGGGAGCACGACGCUCAUCCCGACGCCGACUAUACCGACGACAUUCUACCCCGGUCGCGCGCAGAUCUCACCGCUCAUGAAGAAUAAGUAGGUUCUACCAGGGAGCUGUGGCUGUGUCGACGAAUGCGGGCCCCUGAUCAUCACUCUCGCGGAAUUUUGAUGGCCUCUUUACUCUUAUAUGCCUCAUGUGCUAUGUAGCAGUUGUUGGAUGGAUUGGUUCCGGCUUCGCAUCUGCCACGAAAUUUAGUCUCAUACCAAGACCCUCCGUUUGUGUCGAACCUACCAGUGUAGUACCACGAAAUUGAAGAAUGAUUCUAAUUCAA